AUGUCUGAGCAAAAAGGUCCCGUCACCGCCUACACAUGGCAAAUCUCCGCCCAAGACCAGCAGGGUGGUCCCGGUCUUGACAAGGACAUGAAGGAGCAGGCCAACUGGACACAGCUCGAGUUCUGGGAUGACAACGGCAAGCCUUACCUCAAAGAGUACGAAGGCAGAGGUCUUCUCCAGGACAAGGCUGUUCUCAUCACUGGUGGUGACAGCGGUAUUGGUCGUUCCGUCGCUAUCCUCAUGGCAAGAGAAGGUGCCGAUGUCUCAAUUCUUUACCUGCCCGAGGAAGAAGAGGAUGCACAAUGGACCAUCAAGCAGAUUGAGAAGGCCGGCUUGNNCAAGGGCCACGGCAUGCAGUACGAUCUCAAGGAAGAGUCUAACUGCAAGGCCGCCAUCGAAGAGCACAUCAAGGUCUUUGGCAAGCUUAACGUCCUUGUCAACAACGCUUCCAUGCAGGAGUCUUGCGAGGAUCACAGNGAGAUUGACAUUUCGGUCGUCACCAAGACCUUCCAGACCAACAUCAUUCAGAUGAUGGCCCUGAGCAAGUACGCCCUCCAGCACAUGAAGCGUGGUGAUAACAUUGUCAACUCGGCCUCGGUUCUCGCAUACAUGGGCGACGCAUCAAAGAUCGACUACAGCUCCACCAAGGGCGCAAUUGUCACCUUCACCCCUGGACCCCCCCUCCAACCCGCCACUGCCAACGUACCUGCCGAGGGCAUGAAUGUCGGCAAGGGCAUGGCCCCAAUGGACAGAACUGGUAUGCCCAUUGAGAUUGCCACUGCCUACAUCCAACUGGCCUCGCCUCUUGGUUCCUACUUCACCGGCGAGUGCAUCCACGGUACCGGUGGUAUUGAGAUGCAAGGUUAG